AUGUUUCUUUUGAACCGAACGUCCGACGACGGCUUUCUGAUUGCAGUGCAGCCCAGACAGGACACCCGCACCUUGUGCUCGAACCAUGGUUCCUUCGACCUCUCCCGCUGCCUGUGCGAAUGCGAGGCAGGCUGGAGUGGCCCCACCUGUGCCGAGCCAACCUGCCCAGGUGGCUGUGGCGGCCCCCAGCGUGGCAAGUGCAUGAACGGGCGCUGCCAGUGCCGCCCUGGCUACUCCGGUGCCCGCUGCGAGGAGCCGCCUUCCUGCCCAGACGACUGCAACGACCAAGGGCGCUGUGUGGACGGGCGCUGCACCUGCUUCCCUGGCUACUCUGGACCUUCCUGUGCCGACCCGGCCUGCCCGCAGGACUGCCAAGGUCGUGGCCGAUGUGUGGAUGGGCAGUGCGUAUGCGACCCUGGUUACUCUGGGCCCGACUGCGGGAGCCGAGCCUGCCCCAGCAACUGCAACCGGCGGGGAGAGUGCCACAACGGGCGGUGCGUCUGUGAGCCUGGCUUCACGGGCCCAGCCUGUGGAACCAAGGCCUGCCCCAACGACUGCAACCAGAGAGGCCGCUGCCUGAAAGGAGCUGUGUGCGCCUGCCACAAGGGGUAUACCGGGCCGGACUGUGGGCAACUGGCAUGUCCGGAGGACUGCAGCGGCCGCGGGGAGUGCCAGAAUGGAGUGUGCCUCUGUCAUGAUGGUUAUUCAGGAGAAGACUGUUCCAUAGAGAUUCCAUCCAUUGGCAUCCAUGUGAAAAAUCGAGAUGAGACGUCCUUCCGCUUGGAGUGGAGCCGCCCGGAAGUAUCUGUGGAUGCGUAUGAAAUUCACGUGAAGCCCACACGAGAUCAGCAGGCAGGUGAAUCAGUACGUCUGUCUGGCACGGAGACAGGCUUCGAACGCAGAGGGCUGAUGCCGGGAGAGGAAUACACUGUCACUGUCCGGGCAGAAAAGGGGCAACGCUACGGACCCCCCGUCACCCAGACCGUGCGUACACGAGUAGCUCCUCCGCGUGGCCUGCAGUCGUCGCAGGUGACAGAAAACUCCAUGACCUUGGAGUGGGAACCGCCAGCCUCUCGCCCUGACGGCUACAUCCUGAGCUACGUGCCUCUGGUUGCCUCUCGGCCCGCCCAGGCCGUGAAGCGUGUGGAACUGCCUGCAGCACCUGAAAGCGUCACCCUGGACGAGCUGGAGAGCAGCACCCGAUACCGCAUCACCAUGUUCGCCCGCCAGAGUGGCGAGAACAGCCGAGCCACCAGCAUCAUCGUCAGCACAACUGCUCCAGGAUCUCCUUCAGCUGCCAAGACCCAAACUUUCCCUAGACUCACCACAAAAAGCCCUGAAGUGCCACUGCGGGACCUGACUGUGACGGAUGUCUCUCCGGACAGUCUCCGUGUGACUUGGUCGGCCCCACCCAGUUCCUUCCGCAGCUUUUCCCUUCAGUACAGGGACCCCAAAUCCAGUGCCCCACCAGGGGAAAUCAGAGUACCGGGGACAGAGAGAAGCGUCACCGUGAUGGGUUUGACCCCCAGAACGGAGUACGAAGUGGAGUUAAGUGGGGAGAAACCUGAUGGGAGCUACAUUCCUCCUCUAACUACAAAGACAUCCACAGCCCCGGCACCAGCCCUGGAGAAGCCCACUUUGGGGCACCUCUCCGUCUCGGACGUCAAAGAGAACUCUGCCCGCCUGUCCUGGGACGUCCCCACGGGGACCUUUGACUCCUUUUUGAUCCAGUAUAAAGAUGCUGAGGGCAAGCCGAAGAGUCUGCCUGUGGAUGGAGGAUCCCAGGAAGUCACCAUCUAUGACCUAGUGCCUUCCCGGAAGUAUAAGUUCAGCCUUUAUGGACUCGUAGGCCGCAAGAGACAUGGCCCUGUUUCCACAGAGAUGGUUACAGGCAAAGUCCCAGCCCCAGAAAAGAAGCCAGAGAGAGAAGUGACAGCUCCACCCGGCCUGGGAGAACUCUCCGCCUCAGAGAUCACCAGCAGUUCUGUCCGCCUCUCCUGGAGUGUCCCCUCUGGGAGAUUUGAUUCCUUCCUGGUCCAGUACAAGGAUGCUGAGGGCAGACCCCAAGUGCUGCCCAUGGAGGGGGACUCCCGCGAAGUCACCAUCCCUAGCCUGGCUCCUUCCCGCAAAUACAGGUUCAAUCUCUACGGCAUCUCCGGUCGCAAACGUCUCGGCCCAGCCACGGCAGAUGUCACCACAGCAUCACGGGACGAAGAGCCUGUACCUGAGCCUGAGCCGGAACCUGUCCUUGGUGACCUCUUACUCUCGGAUGCCACCAGCAACUCUGUCCGUCUCACAUGGAGUGUCCCCACUGGCAGCUUUGACUCCUUCUUUCUCCAGUACAAGGACCCCGAGGGCAAUGACCAAGCCCUGACCCCCCACUACCAACAACACCUGCUCCCUCAGCCCAGCUUGGGAGAGCUCUCAGUCUCGGACGUCACCACCGACUCUGUUCCGUCUCUCCUGGACUGUCCCAUGGAGCUUCGACUCCUUCCUGGUCCAGUACAAGGAUGCGGAGGGGAAACCUCAGGCCCCUUCCAGUGGAUGGAGGUUCCCGCGUGGAUGGUACACGCAUGGCGUCCUAGCCUUGUACCUUCCCGAAGAUACAAGUUUAACCUUUACGGAGUCUCUGGUCGCAAGCGUCUGGGUCCAGUUUCUACUGACACAGUCACAGCAUCACCUCCAAAGGAUCCCUCAAUUGCUCCCAGCCUGGGGGAGCUCUCUGCUUCUGAUGCCACCAGCAAUUCUGUCCGUCUCUCCUGGACUGUCCCCACGGGGAACUUUGACUCUUUUCUGAUCCAGUACAAGGACGCUGAAGGCAAACCUCAAGCAAUCCCAGUGGAGGGAGCCUUCCGCGAGACCAUCGUCCCCAAUCUGGUUCCUUCCCGCAGAUACAAGUUCAACCUUUACGGACUCACUGGCCGCAAACGCCUCGGCCCCAUCUCCACAGAUGCCACCACAGGAAAACAGAUACAAUAUUCCACACAAUUGAAUGCACCUUCAGGUCCAUUUUGUCGGCCCUCAUCCAUCCAUCUUUUUUUGUUGCCAUUUCCCUCACAGGUCCAGAGCAUGGGGAGACAACCCUUCCUUCUGUUCCUCUUCUGGCUGGGGACCUCUUGGGAGGCGCAUGUGCCCCACCGGGUCAUCCCCUCCAACGCUACCGUUUUCUCUCAUAUCUACACGAUAAAGCUGAAGGGAGAUGGCACCGAGGAUGAGGGAGCCUCCUCUGCACCCCAAGAGGCGCUGGGCCCUCCUGGCUCCUCCAGGGGAGGGGGCCUGUACGAGCACACACUGGAAGGGCCAGACCAGGAGCAUGUGGUCUUCACUCACCGCAUCAACCUGCCCCAGCAGUCCUGUGGGUGCCCACCUGGCACCGAGGACACCCAGGACCUCUUGAGACGGCUGCAGGCACUAGAGAACGAAGUGCGGUCACUGCGGGACACCGCCAGCGCUGGGGGAGGCUGCUGCCCUGCGACCAGCAGUUCCCAGGCUAGUACAGGCCAGACAGACACCCGCACCUUGUGCUCGAACCAUGGUUCCUUCGACCUCUCCCGCUGCCUGUGUGAAUGCGAGGCAGGCUGGAGUGGCGCCACUUGUGCUGAGCCAACCUGCCCAGGUGGCUGUGGUGGACCCCAGCGUGGCAAGUGCGCGAACGGGCGCUGCCAGUGCCGCCCCGGCUACUCCGGUGCCCGCUGCGAGGAGCCGCCUUCCUGCCCAGACGACUGCAACGACCAAGGGCGCUGUGUGGACGGGCGCUGCGCCUGCUUCCCUGGCUACUCUGGACCUUCCUGUGCCGACCCGGCCUGCCCGCAGGACUGCCAAGGUCGUGGCCGAUGUGUGGAUGGGCAGUGCGUGUGCGACCCCGGCUACUCGGCCGACUGCGGAAGCCGGGCCUGCCCCAGCAACUGCAACCGGCGGGGAGAGUGCCACAAUGGGCGGUGCAUCUGUGAGCCUGGCUUCAUGGGCCCAGCCUGUGGAACCAAGGCCUGCCACGACUGCAACCAGAGAGGACGCUGCCUGAAAGGAGCUGUGUGCGCCUGCCACAAGGGGUAUACCGGGCCAGACUGCGGGCAACUGGCAUGUCCGGAGGACUGCAGCGGUCGCGGGGAGUGCCAGAACGGAGUGUGCCUCUGUCAUGACGGUUAUUCGGGAGAAGACUGUUCCAUAGAGAUUCCAUCCAUUGGCAUCCAUGAAAAUCGAGAUGAGACGUCCUUCCGCUUGGAGUGGAGCCGCCCGGAAGUAUCUGUGGAUGCGUAUGAAAUUCACGUGAAGCCCACACGGGAUCAGCAGGCAGGUGAAUCAGUACGUCUGUCUGGCACGGAGACAGGCUUCGAACGCAGAGGGCUGAUGCCGGGAGAGGAAUACACUGUCACUGUCCGGGCAGAAAAGGGGCAACGCUACGGACCCCUCACCCAGACCGUGCGUACACGAGUAGCUCCUCCGCGUGGCCUGCAGUCGUCGCAGGUGACAGAAAACUCCAUGACCUUGGAGUGGGAACCGCCAGCCUCUCGCCCUGACAGCUACAUCCUGAGCUACGUGCCUCUGGUUGCCUCUCGGCCCGCCCAGGCUGUGAAGCGUGUGGAACUGCCUGCAGCGCCUGAAAGCGUCACCCUGGACGAGCUAGAGAGCAGCACCCGAUGCAUCACCAUGUUCGCCCGCCAGAGCGGCGAGAACAGCCGAGCCACCAGCAUCAUCGUCAGCACAACUGCUCCAGGAUCUCCUUCAGCUGCCAAGACCCAAACUUUCCCUAGACUCACCACAAAAAGCCCUGAAGUGCCACUGCGGGACCUGACUGUGACGGACAUCUCUCCGGACAGUCUCCGUGUGACUUGGUCGGCCCCACCCAGUUCCUUCCGCAGCUUUUCCCUUCAGUACAGGGACCCCAAAUCCAGUGCCCCACCAGGGGAAAUCAGAGUACCGGGGACAGAGAGAAGCGUCACCGUGAUGGGUUUGACCCCCAGAACGGAGUACGAACUGGAGUUAAGUGGGGAGAAACCUGAUGGGAGCUACAAUCCUCCUCUAACUACAAAGACAUCCACAGCCCCGGCACCAGCCCUGGAGAAGCCCACUUUGGGGCAGCUCUCCGUCUCGGACAUCAAAGAGAACUCUGCCCGCCUGUCCUGGGACAUCCCCACGGGGACCUUUGACUCCUUCUUGAUCCAGUAUAAAGAUGCUGAGGGCAAGCCGAAGAGUCUGCCCGUGGACGGAGGAUCCCAGGAGGUCACCAUCUAUGACCUAGCGCCUUCCCGGAAGUACAAGUUCAGUCUUUAUGGACUCGUAGGCCGCAAGAGACAUGGCCCUGUUUCCACAGAGAUGGUUACAGGCAAAGUCCCAGCCCCAGAAAAGAAGCCUGAGAGAGAAGUGACAGCUCCACCCGGCCUGGGAGAACUCUCCGCCUCAGAUAUCACCAGCAGUUCUGUCCGCCUCUCCUGGAGUGUCCCCUCUGGGAGAUUUGAUUCCUUCCUGGUCCAGUACAAGGAUGCUGAGGGCAGACCCCAAGUGCUGCCCAUGGAGGGGGACUCCCGCGAAGUCACCAUCCCUAGCCUGGCUCCUUCCCGCAAAUACAGGUUCAAUCUCUACGGCAUCUCCGGUCGCAAACGUCUCGGCCCAGCCACGGCAGAUGUCACCACAGCAUCACGGGACGAAGAGCCUGUACCUGAGCCUGAGCCGGAACCUGUCCUUGGUGACCUCUUAGUCUCGGAUGCCACCAGCAACUCUGUCCGUCUCACAUGGAGUGUCCCCACUGGCAGCUUUGACUCCUUCUUUCUCCAGUACAAGGACCCCGAGGGCAAUGACCAAGCCCUGACCGUAGACCAACAUUCCCACGAGGCCAUUGUUCCUAAUUUGGUUCCUUCCCAAAGAUACAGAUUCUUCCUCUAUGGAAUCUCUGGGCCCCAGCGUCUUGGACCUGUCUCAGCUGAUGCCACCACAGCCCCACUACCAACAACACCUGCUCCUCAGCCCAGCUUGGGAGAGCUCUCAGUCUCGGACGUCACCACCGACUCUGUCCGUCUCUCCUGGACUGUCCCCACUGGGAGCUUCGACUCCUUCCUGGUCCAGUACAAGGAUGCGGAGGGGAAACCUCAGGCCCUUCCAGUGGAUGGAGGUUCCCGUGAGGUCACCAUCUCCAGCCUUGUACCUUCCCGAAGAUACAAGUUUAACCUUUACGGAGUCUCUGGUCGCAAGCGUCUGGGUCCAGUUUCUACUGACACAGUCACAGCAUCACCUCCAAAGGAUCCCUCAAUUGCUCCCAGCCUGGGGGAGCUCUCUGCUUCUGAUGCCACCAGCAAUUCUGUCCGUCUCUCCUGGACUGUCCCCACGGGGAACUUUGACUCUUUUCUGAUCCAGUACAAGGACGCUGAAGGCAAACCUCAAGCAAUCCCAGUGGAGGGAGCCUUCCGCGAGACCAUCGUCCCCAAUCUGGUUCCUUCCCGCAGAUACAAGUUCAACCUUUACGGACUCACUGGCCGCAAACGCCUCGGCCCCAUCUCCACAGAUGCCACCACAGCUUCAUCACAGGAACACCCAACUCCUCCCAGCCUGGGAGAGCUCUCUGCGUCUGAUGCCACCAGCGAUUCCAUCCGGCUCUCCUGGACUGUCCCCACGGGGAACUUUGACUCUUUCCUGAUCCAGUACAAGGACGCUGAGGGCAAACCUCAGGCAAUCCCAGUGGAGGGACCCUUCCGCGAGACCAUCGUCCCUAAUCUGGUUCCUUCCCGCAGAUACAAGUUCAACCUUUACGGACUCACUGGCCGCAAGCGCCACGGCCCCAUCUCCACAGAUGCCACCACAGCUGCUGUAGGAACGCCACCAGGGGCCACCACAGAAAAGGUCACCGUCGUUCAGCUCAGCCUGGACCAGCUGUCUGUUUCUGACAUCACCAGUAACUCGGCCCGUCUCUCCUGGAUCGUCCCAACUGGGAAUUUUGACUCCUUUCUAGUGGAGUACGAAGAUGCAGAUGGGAGGCCGCAGGCGUUGCCCGUGGAUGGGGCUUCCCGCACACUCACUGUCCCCAACCUGGAGCCCUCCCACAGAUACACGUUUAACCUCUACGGACUUUACCGCGGCAAGCGCUAUGGCCCUCUGCCAGUGGAGGCUGUGACAGCUGCUGUAGGAACACCACCAAAGGCCACCACAGAAAAGGUCACCGUCGUUCAGCUCAGCCUGGACCAGCUGUCCGUUUCUGACAUCACCAGUGACUCGGCCCGUCUCUCCUGGACCGUCCCAACUGGGAAUUUUGACUCCUUUCUAGUGGAGUACGAAGAUGCAGAUGGGAGGCCGCUGGCGUUGCCCGUGGAUGGGGCUUCCCGCACGCUCACUGUCCCCAACCUGGAGCCCUCCCACAGAUACACCUUUAACCUCUACGGACUUUACCGUGGCAAGCGCUAUGGCCCCCUGCCAGUGGAGGCUGUCACAGCUGCUGUAGGAAUGCCACCAAAGGCCACCACAGAAAAGGUCACCGUCGUUCAGCUCAACCUAGACCAGCUGUCCGUUUCUGACAUCACCAGUGACUCGGCCCGUCUCUCCUGGACCGUCCCAACUGGGAAUUUUGACUCCUUUCUAGUGGAGUACGAAGAUGCAGAUGGGAGGCCACAGGCGUUGCCCGUGGAUGGGGCUUCCCGCACGCUCACUGUCCCCAACCUGGAGCCCUCCCACAGAUACACCUUUAACCUCUACGGACUUUACCGCGGCAAGCGCUAUGGCCCCCUGCCAGUGGAGGCUGUCACAGCUGCUGUAGGAACGCCACCAGGGGCCACCACAGAAAAGGUCACCGUCGUUCAGCUCAGCCUAGACCAGCUGUCCGUUUCUGACAUCACCAGUGACUCGGCCCGUCUCUCCUGGACCGUCCCAACUGGGAAUUUUGACUCCUUUCUAGUGGAAUACGAAGAUGCAGAUGGCAGGCCACAGGCGUUGCCCGUGGAUGGGGCUUCCCGCACACUCACUGUCCCUAACCUGGAGCCCUCCCACAGAUACACCUUUAACCUCUACGGACUUUACCGCGGCAAGCGCUAUGGCCCCCUGCCAGUGGAGGCUGUCACAGCCUUGGCAGUGACGCUGCCACCACAACCCACCCUAGGGGAACUCACAGCCGUUGAUGUUUCUAGUGAUUCUCUCCGCCUCUCCUGGACAGUCCCCACUGGGAACUUUGACUCCUUCCUGGUCCAAUACAAGGAUGCGGAGGGGAGGCCUCAGGCCCUUCCAGUGGACGGAGGUUCUCGCGAGGUCACCAUUUCUAGCCUCCUGCCUUCCCGUAGAUACAAGUUCAAUCUCUAUGGGAUCUCUGGUCGCAAGCGGAUUGGCCCCAUUUCCACUAGUGCGGUCACAGAUCAACUGAUGGUGAAGCCCACUCCAGCACUCAAGCUCGGAGAGCUAACAGCUGGUAAUGCCAUGCCAAAUUCCCUUGACGUCUCCUGGACUGUGGAGGCUGGGGACUUUGACUCUUUCAUCAUCCAAUACCAAGACGCUCAGGGCAAACCCCAGGUUCUCCCUGUUGACGGGCGCCUCCGCUCUCUUCACCUCCACGACUUGGCCCCGUCCCACAGAUACCAGAUCAACCUCUAUGGUGUCUUGGGCCGAAAGCGUCUGGGCCCCAUCUCCACCGAAGCAGAGACAGCCCCACUACCAACAACACCUGCUCCUCAGCCCAGCUUGGGAGAGCUCUCAGUCUCAGACGUCACCACCGACUCUGUCCGUCUCUCCUGGACUGUGCCCACUGGGAGCUUUGACUCCUUCCUGGUCCAGUACAAGGAUGCGGAGGGGAAGCCUCAGGCCCUCCCAGUGGACGGAGGUUCCCGCGAGGUCACAGUCUCCAGCCUUGUGCCUUCCCGAAGAUACAAGUUUAACCUUUAUGGACUCUCUGGUCGCAAGCGUCUGGGUCCAGUUUCUACUGACACAGUCACAGCUGUACUACCAACAACGCCAGCUCCUCAGCCCAGCUUGGGAGAGCUCUCUGCUUCUGAUGCCACCACCGAUUCCAUCCGUCUCUCCUGGACUGUCCCCACUGGGAGCUUCGACUCUUUCCUGAUCCAGUACAAGGACGCUGAGGGCAAACCUCAGGCAAUCCCAGUGGAGGGAGCCUUCCACGAGACCAUCGUCCCCAAUCUGGUUCCUUCCCGCAGAUACAAGUUCAACCUUUACGGACUCACUGGCCGCAAGCGCCACGGCCCCAUCUCCACAGAUGCCACCACAGUUGCAGAAUUGCUGGCUGCACCAACCUUAGGAGAACUCUCUGUCUCUGAUGUCACCAGUGAGUCUGCCCGCCUCUCCUGGACUGUUCUAUCCGGGAGAUUUGACUCCUUCUUAGUCCAGUACAAGGAUGCUGAAGGCAAACCCCAGCAGCUGCCCUUGGAUGGAGGCACCUAUGAGACUACCAUCUCUGGCCUGUCUCCUGCCCGGCGAUACAAGUUCAACCUCUACGGGAUUGUAGGGCGCAAACGCCUUGGCCCUGUCUCUGCCGACACAGUCACAGCAGCUGCAGUGUCUGGCGAAGGCCCAGCGAAGGCCAGCCUAGAAGAGCUCUCUGUCUCAGAGAUCACCAGCAAUUCCGCUCUUCUCUCCUGGACUGUCCCCACUGGGGACUUCAACUCCUUCCUGAUCCAGUACAAGGAUGCAGAGGGCAAACCCCAGGCGCUGACCGUGGAGGGAGUUGCUCGCGAGGUCACUGUCCCCAACCUGGUUCCUUCCCACAGAUACAAGUUCAAUCUCUACGGGGUCGUUGGCCGCAGGCGCCUGGGCCCUAUUUCCUCUGAAGCCACCACAGCUGAAGCCGAGGAGGACAACAAGGAGGGAGAAGAUGACGAAGAUGAUGGAGAGAGUGAGCCUAGCUUGGGGCAGCUCUCAGUCUCAGAAGCUAACAGCAAUUCAAUCCGUCUUUCCUGGAGUGUCCCAACUGGGAAUUUUGACUCCUUCCUUGUUCAGUAUGAAGAUGGAGAGGACGAGCUGCAGACCAUGCCUGUGGAUGGUGGUUCCCGUGAGGUCACAGUCUCUGACCUGUCUCCUUCCCAGCGAUACCGAUUUGACCUUUAUGGAAUCUCUGGUGGCGAGCGGCUUGGCCCCGUAUCCACUGAUGCCUCCACAGCUCCGUUGACACCGGUGACGGAGAGGGGGGAAAGAGGAACGCCACCUCCAGGGUCUGACUUUGGGCAGCUCUCUGCUUCUGACGUCACCAGCGACUCUGUACGCCUCUCUUGGGAUGUCCCCUCUGGGAUCUUUGACUCCUUCCUGGUCCAGUACAAGGAUGCUGACAAUAAACCACAGGCACUGCCUGUAGAUAAGGAGACCAACUCUGUUGUGAUUUACUACUUGGUGCCUUCCUACAGAUAUAAGUUCAACCUCUUUGGCUUGUCUGGACGGAGGCGCUUUGGCCCAAUCUCAGUCAUUGUUGUCACAGCAACACAGCUAAAGAGAGACGAGGUGGAUGCAGAGGACUCUACCGGAAGGGAACCCCGCUUGGGCCAGCUCUCAGUCUCGGAGGUCACCAGGAACGCUGCCCGUCUCUCAUGGAGCGUCCCAGAAGGAAGCUUUGAUUCUUUCUCUGUCCAGUACAGAGACGCAGAGGGAAAGCCACAGGCGCUUCCUGUAGGAGGGGGCUCCCGUGAGGUCAUUGUCUCCAACCUGGUCCCCUCUCACAAAUACAAGUUCAAUCUCUAUGGUAUCUCUGGAAACCAGCGUUUGGGACCCAUAUCUGCCACUGCUGAGAUGACAGCCACAGAUCCUGACGUGCAAGCGGUGGAAGGAAAGGUGGAACCUCGCCUGGGACAGCUCUCGGUCUCGGAGGUCACCAGCAACGCUGCCCGUCUCUCAUGGAGCGUCCCCGAAGGAAGCUUUGAUUCUUUCUCUGUCCAGUACAAGGACGCAGAGGGAAGACCCCAGGCACUUCCUGUAGGAGGGGGUUCUCGUGAGGUCAUUGUCUCCAACCUGGUCCCCUCUCACAAAUACAGGUUCAAUCUCUAUGGCGUCUAUGGAAACCAGCGUUUUGGACCCAACUCUGCCAAUGCUGUGACAGCAGCUCCAGAAACAACUCCACCAGGUGAGGAGGAGAAGAGGCCCGAAGAAGCCGCAGGCCAAAGAGUUCAGCCCAGCCUUGGAGACGCCACAGUCUCUGAGGUCACCCCAGACUCUCUUCUCCUCUCCUGGAACAUCCAGGAAGGUAGCUUUGACUCUUUCCUCAUCCAGUACAAGGAUGCUGCAGGGAAGCUCCAGGUGUUACCUGUGGACGGCACCAUGCGCUCCCUCCACCUCUACAACCUCAUGCCGUCGCAGAGAUACAAAUUCAGCAUCUUCGGAGUCUCUGGCUCUAAGCGCCUUGGGCCUGUCUCGACUGAUGCUGUCACAGCUCCAGAACCAGCGCCAAGCGCGGAAACUCAGCCCAGGCUCGGAGAUCUCUCUGUGUCCAAGACCACCAGCGACUCCGUCAGCCUCUCUUGGAGCGUCCCUGCGGGCAACUUCGACUCUUUCCUUGUCCAGUACAAAGACAGAGAGGGCAAGCCCCAGGUGCUGCCCCUAAACGGUGAUUCCCGUGACGUCACUGUUCCCAACCUGGCUCCUUCUCACCGAUAUAAGUUAAACCUUUAUGGCAUUUACGGACACAAGCGUCUCGGUCCCAUUUCCACAGAUGCUGUCACAGGCACCCAGCCUGGGGCCCUCACUCAGCUGAAGUUUGGAGAAUUGUCAGCCCAUGACAUCACCCCAGAAUCAGUCCUCCUCUCCUGGACCGUGGAGACUGGGAAUUUCGACUCUUUUAUCAUCCAGUACCGGGAUGCGGAUGGCAAUCCCCACGCUUUGCCCGUGGAUGGUGGCCUGCGCUCGCUGCGGCUUCAUGAUCUGGUCCCCUCCCACAAAUACAGGUUCAACCUCUACGGCGUCUCGGGCCGCAAACGUCUCGGGCCCAUCUCUACAGAGGCCACCACAGCCGCUUCAGAACAGCCAGCCCCUCCCAAGCCCAGUCUGGGGGAGCUCUCAGCCUCUGACAUCACCAGCACAACUGUUCGUCUGUCUUGGAAUGUCCAGUCCGGGGAUUUUGACUCUUUCAUCAUUCAGUACCGAGAUGCAGAGGGCAAGCCUCAGGCACUGCCUGUGGACAAAGACUCCCGCGAUGUCAUAGUCUCCGGCUUGGUGCCCUCCCGUAAAUAUAAGUUCAACCUAUUUGGCAUCUCUGGACGGAAGCGUCUUGGACCCAUUUCCACGGAAGCAGUCACAGCUCCAAUGGUGAAAACAGAGGUCCAGCCCACACUGGGCGAUCUUUCCAUUUCUGAGGUUACUCAGGACACUGUCCGCCUCUCUUGGACCAUCUCUGCUGGGAAAUUCGACUCCUUCCUCAUCCAGUACAAGGACACUGAAGGAAAGCUCCAGGCGGUACCCGUCGAUGCUGAUUCCCGCACAGUCGUCAUCAAGGACCUGACCACUUCCCACAGAUACAAGUUCAACCUCUAUGGCAUCUCUGGCAGGAAGCGGCACGGGCCCAUCUCUAUAGAUGCUGUCACAGCUUUCCCAGAGGCCAACAAACGGGCCUUCCUUGAAAAUUUGGUUGUCUCUGAGGUGACACCCACUACGCUGCAGCUCACAUGGGAAGCCCCCAAGGGAGAGUUUGAUUUCUUUUCGGUCCAGCGCAAGAUCUCUGUUCCGGAUAGUGAAAUGAGUCCCACACCGACCAAGAAAAUCAACGUGACCGGGGAUGAACGCUCUGUCGUGUUUCGGGGUCUUUCGCCCAACACUGAGUACAGCCUUACUGUCUAUGGCAUCCAGGACGGGUCAGAAGCGGCCAGCAUCAACACAGUGGCAACGACAAGUGGGACAGAGCUGGAUAGCCCCCGGGACCUGCUCUUCAAUGACAUCCGUGAGACCUCCGUGGUGGCGAACUGGAGGUCACCGUCAUCUCGUGUUGAUGGUUAUAAAGUUUCCUUCCAGCCCUCAGAUGGAGGAGAGCCAAGGAGCAUCUCUGUGGAUGGAUCCAAGCUCCGAACAACCAUUGAGGGCCUGACCCCCGGGGCCAGCUAUGAGGUCACUGUGAUGUCUGUUCGUGGGUUCGAAGAAAGCGAGCCCUUGGUGGGUUAUGUCACCACAGUUCCGGAUGGUCCUUCCAACUUGCGUGCCAUCGACGUCACCGAUUCGUCAGCUGUGCUUACGUGGCAACCUGCUGUGGCUGAGAUGAACAACUACAUUGUCACCUACGGGCCUGCUGGUGGUGCAAGGGCCUCCGAGUCAGUGCCAGGGAACCGGGCUGAGUUGCAGUUGUCAGGGCUGCACCUGGACACAGAAUAUCGGGCCAGCGUGUAUGGGGAGAAAGGAGGAAACCGCAGUUCUCCCGCCAGCGCCACGUUCACCACCGGGGCAGAUGGACCCCGGGAUCUGCAGGCCAGUGAAAUCUCAUCCCGCAGUGCUCGUCUCACUUGGCUGCCACCCCGUGCCCCUCCUGGUGGAUAUCUGCUAACCUAUGAAACCCCAUCUGGACAAUCAAAGGAGAUCACCGUGGAUGCUUCUGUCACCUCGUAUGAACUACCAAGACCUGAUUCCUUCCGGUCGGUACCAGGUUCAAGUCCAGGCACUGAGAAGAGGCACUCCUACAGCCCAACCGCCACGUCCUUCACCACCGGACCCCUGAGAUACCCCUUCCCUCGGGAUUGCGCAGAGGAGAGCCAGAAUGGGCCGGGACCCUCGAGAGUGAGGACGAUUUAUCUUGGGGGCAACCAGGACCGCCCCUUGCAGGUGUACUGCGACAUGGAGACUGACGGAGGAGGCUGGAUAGUCUUCCAACGUCGGAUGAACGGCGAGACCAAUUUCUGGCGCAACUGGCAGGAAUACGCCACCGGCUUUGGCAACCUCACCCGGGAGUUCUGGCUAGGGAACGAUGCUCUGCACCAGCUGACGACAUCAGGGGACUACGAGCUGCGCGUGGAUCUGCGGGCUGGGAACGAGUCUGUCUAUGCAACCUACCAGAAUUUCCGCGUGGAUCCCCCUGCUGAUCAUUACCGCCUGCACCUGGGCAGUUACAGCGGCACUGCUGGCGACUCUUUCACCUACCACUCAGGCAGCGUCUUCUCCACCAAGGACCGUGACCCCAACCGAGUCAUCAUCCCCUGUGCUGUCUCUUACCGCGGCGCAUGGUGGUACCGCAACUGCCACUACGCCAACCUCAACGGGCUCUACGCGAACAACCGCGACCACCAGGGCAUCAACUGGUUUAACUGGAAAGGAUUCGAGUUUUCCAUCCCUUUCACAGAGAUGAAACUGAGACCCCGCGGCUUCCGGCCUCUGCGUCGGGUGUGAGCAAAGGGAAGGAGGCUGCAGGACUGACUCAGGGGGAGAACAGAGGAGGAGGAAAGAGAAACAGCAGCAGCAACCACCCCUCUGCAAUGGGAGAUACCUCGUACCCUGCCACAAAUUCCCCUGAGAAAAAGGAAGGAGCAAAACAAAGGAAAUGGACAAUUUUUUCAAAAGCACCUUGUAGUAUUCGUUUCCUCCCCCAUCUCCUGCUGACUGGCCACAAGAUGAGAGGGAUGCGUCGCACAUGAUAGUGGAAGGGGCAGAGUUAAGGGGAUGGAAUGGUUUAGUUUUGGAGCAUGUUGCAGGAUAGCUGUUGCCUGGUCAGCAACUAGAUUUUUCCUGGAGAGUCACUGAUAACAAGGGCAGAUUGGCCAGCGACCCAAUCCCCAACAUGGACUGUUGCCACAGAAGCCAUUUUCUCCUCUUAAGGGAUGGGUUUUGGCCCACGAUCUUGUAGUUGCUGACCCCUAGCCCUAUCCUCUGUCUGGCUUCCUGCUCCCACACAUCUGUCUCCAGUUAGGCUUCCCCUUCUUCAGCCCCCCCCCCCCAGUUCUCCUCCUCCCUCUCCCCCAAAUCCUUUUCAAAAAGGAGGUAAACUCGUAAACACAAGUCGCUGAAAGCAGGUUAACAUUAAAAGCACUUUUUAUUUUUGGCAUUUCUUUUACCCCACCUGGGAAUCUUAUAAACUGAAGCCAGCUGCCCCCCAUCCACGCAAAAGCUUUUGCCUCUCUCGUGUUCCCCCUCCCCAAACAACUCGCCGUUGGAAAGAAGAGACAGAAAGAGAAGAACAGGUGAACUGGAUGAGCUGGCAGCUUAAGAGAUCACAGAACGAAAAAAGAGCUGAAUGAUGUGGGCUGAAAAGACCCCCAAGAUGAAAACUGGGAGAGAUGCAGAUUGAUAACAGUAAGAUUGAUUUAAGCUGGCAAGCAAUGGUGGUUUUACUGUCUGUCUUUGUAAGGGAAGACUGGCCCACUUCCAACUGAAUGUACCACUUCAGGCUACAGGUGAGGGUGCAAAUGGCUGAAUCCUCCUAUCUAUCUCAACCCUGCAAGUAGAAAACUAUCAUGUGAGAGAGAAGUUUUCUACAUGCGGGAAGAAAUUUGAAACGGUCUGCCGUGGGAACCCCUAUCUGCUGUCUGAAUUGGUACAGCCCAGACACAGGUUUGAAAGCUCAGUGAGAAGGAGGCCAGUGUUGCGGUCAUCUAGCAGAGCGCUUUACAAAUAAUAAGUGUUGUUAUUGCCAUGGGCUUCACAGCUGUUGGCUUAGCCUGACCUACCAAAUUGUGUGUGUGUGAGAGAGAGAAACAGGAGAGACAGAGCUGCAGCUGUGAAGUGGGAAAUAUCUGAGUGUCUUGCAACUUGAAGCUCUUUUACCAUACAAGUGAAAUUGUGACUGGAGUUUCCACCACAGCUUGAGGGAAAAUGUAUUCAGGCCAUUGGUGGGGAGCGGGAAAUGUAAUUUCUUUAAGGGCCAGAUUCAAUCCAAGUUGGCCAUACCUCCUCUAAUGGAUGAGAAGUGUAAACUGCACAAAACGGAAUAAAAGGAACAGCCUUACCUGAAGGCAAACAGGCUACAGUUUCUUUGGUAGAGUAGGAGAGAACUCUAUAUUUCUGCUUCCAGCCUCUUCCUCUGUGCCACUGAACACUACCAGGUCUCAUUCAAAAGUGGAGUAUGCAUGUGCAUUCCUUGAACUUAUUCCUCUGGAUACGGGGAAAAAUUGUUUUAGGAAAAAAUGUAAGCAGCACUCCAGAUGUGGAAUGGCACCAGAAAAAUGACCUGAUGGGUUGACUUAAGGCUGCUGGAGACCCUCGGCCCUUCAGAUGUUGUAGGACUCCAACUCCCAUGAGCCCCAGCCAGCAUGAUGGGAGUUGUAGUCCAACAAAACUUCUGGAGGGCCCUGGAUGAAAAGAUCUGUUGAUAGAUGCUGAAGGAAGUGACAGAUGGAGAACAGUUCUCAAAUUGAUUUCUUAUUUUAAACAAUGAAUGCGUUGAAGCUGAGAAGAGCGAAACAGCAAAUAGUGCUUGUUUAAAAAGUUAGAUGCGCAACAGUUCUAAGCAAACCAGAGCAUCGCUUUGAUUGCAUAAGGAAAGGUAGAGGGGAAUUUGAAAUCUGCAAGCCGCGCUGCCUGAUUUCACAUGCAGGUGCACACAUACACACAUUUAGCCAAAUUGUGCCUCCGCUGUGGCCUUCUAAAAAUGGUAGGCGACUUCUUCACAAAAGGCUCCUGCCAUUUGAACACUGGCCUCAGAUCGCAACUCAGCCUCUCCUGCUCCAGAGAGAGCCCAUCUUAGUUAUAAGGAACCUAGGAAGCAGCUUUAUACAGAGCCAGAACAUUGGUCCAUCAAGCUCUGAAUCUACUGGCAGCGUUUCAGGCAGGAUCUCUCCCAGCUCUUCCUGGAGAGGCCAUUGGAGGGGGCUGGGACCUUUUGCACGCUAAUCAGAUGCUCUAGCACUGGGCCAAGAUGGGAACUAAAGCCUGGAAAAUGAAAGGCAGGUGGAGGGGGAGAGAGAGAACUAGGGUGGCAAGAAACAAGGUGUUUCCAAUCUCCCUGGCAGGAUCUUGAUUUCUUGCUGUCGUUUCUCCACAAAUGUCAGAAGCCCGGCACGCACCUUGUGCACUCAGCACCUUCCGACUGCCGUCCUGGGUGGCUCCAGCGAGAGCCCUGAAUAAAAGAGGUGCAAACAGAAUCGCACAUGCAGUUGGCGCUUCUCUCAAGGCCCCUGGAUCGCAGCACGUGUCCUCAGCACUUUGGGGGAAACAGGGUUUGCUUUUCUCCCCUGUGAGGGCAGCGCAAGCGCAUUGCUCCUGGGCAGAAGCUGUCGCUGACCUGAGAUGGGGCAGGAUCUUUGCACAGGGUGGGAGGGGCAGGCUGUACAGUGGUACUUUUGGGGGGGGUGCAUCAGGGUAAAAUUUCUCUAUACGAAGCGCUUGGUGGGGGGGGAUGUUAUUUUUUAGAUCCUUGUGAGAAAAACGUUUAAAAUAAAAAAUAAAUUUUGGAAAAAAGGAUAGAGAAAGAAUUGCGUCUUUCUUUUGCUGGUGGUUUAUUUGCAAAAGGGGUGUUUGGCUCAGUCAAUGCCUGUAAAUACAAACUGCAAGAAAUCGCAAGUGGGGAGAGAGUAGGGCUGCUGUCCUUAUUUUCUGCUUGCGGGCACUGGGUUGAUGGGCAAGGUAGGCCAUUGGCCUGAUCCUGCAGGGCUGUUCUUGGCUCAGCUUUUUGAGAACUGAUUUUGAGAACUGAUUACGGGUCUCUUGAAUCUUAGGGAGUGGAGGAUGGGGCAGAGCCAAGCAGCAGCGGACACAGGGCAGACCUUCCUCACAGCCUUCUUGCUUUCCUCUAUGGGCCGGAGGGAAAGUGGGUGUGAAUGAGUGGGUGGCCAUGAUAGGGAGAAGCAUUACUUAUUUAAUUUACACUCCACCCUUUUUCUCCAAGGUGCUCGAGGUGGUUUGCCACCUCCCCGUUGAGCCUAGGCUAGGCUCAGAGGCAGUGGACUGGACCAGAGUCACCUAGUGAGC